AUGCAGCUCGCCAUAGUCGCAUCUAUACUGCUCGUCGUGCCUGCUCUUGUUGAGUUUCUUUACACACUGCUGUUACGAUACUUGAGCGCAAGACGAGGCAAGCCAUGCCAGACAGCGUGUCCUGCUGGUCCAGUCAAGGAUAAAAUAUUCGGCCUUGAUUUCAUCUACAACAUCAUCUUCAGGAAAAGCGACGAGAACUAUCUCGCCUCCACCUGCAGACUGUUCAAGCAGUUUGGCUCAACCUACACUAUGAAGAGCUGUUUCUGGCAAACCAUCUUUACCAGCGACAGUCAAAAUAUCAAGCACAUACUUGCAACAUCAUUCAAUGACUUUGAACUCCCGAAGCUGCGCCGUGAUGCCAUCUCUACACUGCUGGGAACCGGAAUCUUCAGUGUCAAUGGUGCGUCAUGGUCACACGCGAGGUCGCUACUGCGACCGUCCUUUGCCAAAAGAGACAAGUCUGCCAUUACAGCAAUGCUGGAAGACCAUUUCCAAAGUUUUCUGCGCCAUGUCCCGCGGAACGAAGAGGCAGUGGAUUUGCAGCCGCUGUUUUUCGCGCUCACCAUGGACUUUGCCAGCCAAUUUCUGACAUCAAAGUCCUCCCACAUGUUGGACGAGACAAGGUCACACGACAAAGAGUGGCAGUUCUUUGAAGACUACACUACAUGCUCGGAAGAGGUCAUCAAGAAGAUGUGUCUUGGUCCACUUCAAAUUUUCCGCUACAACCGGGCUGCUGAAAAGGCCAAGCGGCGUGUCUUCAAGUACAUGGAUGGCUUUAUUGAUGAAGCGCUACGGAGCGCCGAUUCAAAAGAGGCAAAAGAGGACAACGUGCUCACCAAGCUUGCAGAGGUCACUCCGGACCGCAAGAUGCUACGAGACCAAAUGCUGCACCUAUUGGUAGCAAGCCGCGACACCACGGCCAGUCUGCUCUGCAACCUGUUCUUCAUGCUGGCAAAAGAGCCUGAAAUGUACAAGACUCUAAGACAGGAAGUGCUGUCCGUUUGUGGCGAUGCGCCACCUUUACCAGACCAGCUGAAGCAGAUGAAGUACCUUUGCUGGUGCGUUCAAGAGUCACUGCGCCUCCAUCCCGUCAUACCCACCAAUGCACGGGAAGCCACACGAGACACGACGUUGCCCGUCGGGGGCGGCAAGGAUGGGAGCGAGCCUCUACUGGUCAGAAAGGGCACGCUGAUUGUAUACAAUGUUUUUGCGCUGCAUAGAGACGAGGCUGUCUUUGGCGCCGAUGCGACCAAGUUUCGUCCUGGGAGAUGGGCUGGUCUGCGUCCGGGCUGGGGAUACCUCCCGUUCAAUGGUGGCCCGCGCAUCUGCCUCGGCCAACAGAUGGCGCUUUUGGAAUCUCAAUACCUGGUGGCGCGCAUGGUGCAGACUUUCCAGACCAUGGCCUCGCAGGAAAGCCGCGACUGGGAAGAGCUCUUUGCCCUCGCGACGACAUGCAAGCACGGAGUCAAGGUCAGGAUGAAAUGGGCAUGA